GAUGAUACGCGUGCGCAUUGCAGCUGUAGUCAGUGGUGGGCGGAGUGGAUGCGAGGAUGUUGAGUUUGUGACGAUAAGCAACGAGAAUGAGAAAAAAAAUGACGAAAUAACUGUGAUCGAGGACAACUAGCGGUCGCCAGUUCGUACGGUACUGCGCAAAAGGGCCUAUCACUAUGGGGAACACAAGCAGUGAGAGGACAGGCAUGGGCCAGGAAAAGGCCAACCGAAGGGACAGUCGAGGAACUAAAGAAGGAGAUCGUCCAAAAAUCCUAAUGGACAGUCCCGAAGAUGCUGAUAUUUUUCAUGGGGAGGACUUGAAGGCACCGUUGGAAAAGGAGGAAUUCAUUGAAUGGAGACCCGACCUGGAAGGCAGCGAAAAGACUGACACUUUAGAUCGACCCACUGUGUUUCGCUGGACAGGAGCUGGAAAGGAAGUGUAUAUUUCUGGGUCUUUCAAUAAUUGGACCAAUAAGAUUCCUCUGAUUAGAAGUCAAAAUAAUUUUGUGGCGAUUGUGGAUUUACCUGAGGGUGAGCACCAGUAUAAGUUCUACGUGGAUGGACUGUGGACACACGACCCAACAGAGCCUGUGGUGACCAACCAGCUGGGUACGGUCAACAACAUCAUCCAGGUGAAGAAGACAGACUUUGAAGUGUUUGAUGCACUCAUGGUGGAUUCCCAGAAAUGCUCUGAUAUGUCGGAUCUGUCCAGCUCGCCUCCAGGCCCAUACCAUCAGGACGCUUACACACCCAAACAGGAGGAGAAGUUCAAAUCUCCACCCAUUCUGCCACCUCACCUCCUUCAGGUCAUCCUCAAUAAGGACACAGGCAUCUCUUGUGAUCCAGCUUUGCUCCCAGAGCCUAAUCACGUCAUGCUCAAUCACCUGUACGCUCUGUCCAUUAAGGAUGGCGUCAUGGUUCUCAGCGCCACCCAUCGCUAUAAGAAGAAAUAUGUCACAACCCUGCUUUACAAGCCAAUCUGAGAAACACAGCACUUCUGUCUAGUUUGACUCUGUUAAUAUAGUAGGUAUGAAUGUAAAUAGGGUUGUACAGAGAUGCACUUUAGAGAAAUAAAAAUCAGAGCCGAAUAAUAGAAAUAGUGUAGAGCAGGGAUCACCAAACUUGUUCCUGGAGGGCCGGUGUCCUGCAGAUUUUAGCUUCAACCCUAAUCAAACACACCUGAACAAGCUAAUCAAGGUCUUACUUGAAACAACCAGGCAGGUGUGUUGAGGCAAGUUGGAGCUAAACCCUGGAGGGCACCGGACGACCCUUGGUGACCCCUGCUGUAGAAGAACAGGACAUAUCUGUUUUUAUUUAGUUUUAGUUUCUCGAACAUUUUUUGAUACACAUUGCUCAGUGGGAUUGGGACAAAUUUAGUGAUUCUGAAACAGCGGAGGUGGUUUUUAAAUGUAAAAAAAUAGUAAAUAGAUCAUAGUAAUUAUUUUUGUUUUAUUUUGUGUUGAAUUUUAAGCUUGUGUAGAUAGAUAUUAAUAUAUUAUUUUAUUAAGUAUUACAUUACAUUUGUCCUUGUUAUUUAACAGAAAACAAUUUUGUUAUCAGCAGAUAUAUUUGGGGGCCAAACAUAGUAAAAAAUGUAGAGUUUAAGAAAGCUUGUUCAUUUGAGAAACUAAUUCUGUUUUUUUUUCAGUAACUUAAAAAUAGUAUAAUUUUUAAAUUUAAUAUUUGGGUGUUUUGCAUUAUUAUUCAAUACGAACCAAAUACAUAUUGCAAACAUGUUGACUUUUAAUCUGUCACGCGCUCUGAUAUGAAAUGUCACUUUGAAUAAAUUAUUCACCCAAUUAUAAA